CAACACCUUAAUCGAGAAGGUUCUCACAAGAAUGUGGUCAAGUCAUGACUGUCGUGUUCACAUAUUCGUCACACGGUAACAUCCACGGACGAUAUCAUUAUUGCAACUUAUCAGACAUGGCUGGGACAGAAGAAGAUAGUAUGAUCCAACUUCACAUUAAAACUUCAAAAAAUCGUGAAACCAUUGAAUUGAUGGGAAAUUCGACCAUUGAUGAGUUUCGCAAGAUAGUGGCUGAGAAAUUCAACACAAGUCCUGAUAAAGCUUGCCUCAUAUUUGCUGGAAAAAUUUUAAAGGAUGGUGAAACAUUGAGCACGCACAAACUGAGAGAUGGCCUCACCGUGCAUCUUGUUAUCAAAGGAGAUCAGCCCAGUGCAUCAACGUCUGCAAGCAAUGUUUCAUCACAAACUCCAACUACCACCAGCACAUCCACUACUGCAUCCAACACAACAUCAUCACAGAACAAUUUGGGGGGCUUAGGGGGCUUGGGUGGUGCAGGAGGGCUUGGUGGGUUGGGUGGGCUUGGAGGGUUGAGUGGUCUUGGAGGCAUGGGUGGCCUAGGCAGUCUUGCUGGCCUGGGUGGUCUUGGUGGGGGAUCUUUUGCUGAGUUGCAGCAACAGAUGCAACGUGAGAUGAUGAACAAUCCUGACAUGAUGAGGCAAAUGCUUGACAAUCCACUAGUUCGUGAGAUGAUGAAUAAUCCUGAAUAUAUGCGUUCCAUCAUCACAUCCAACCCACAGAUGCAACAACUAAUGGAGCAAAAUCCAGAGAUAUCGCACAUGCUCAACAAUCCUGAGAUGUUACGUCAAACCAUGGAAUUUGCUCGGAAUCCUGCCAUGCUCCAAGAAGUUAUGCGCUCACAUGACAGGGCCCUCAGUAAUCUUGAGAGCAUUCCUGGAGGCUACAACGCCCUGCAGCGCAUGUAUCGCGACAUACAGGAACCCAUGCUUAAUGCAGCACAGUCACAGUUUGGCAGCAACCCUUUCUCAUCCCUCGUGAACAAUACCAACUCUAACUCACAACCUGGUGUUGAAAACAGUGCACCCAUGCCCAAUCCCUGGGCACCUCGAAACACCUCUACCACCACAACCUCACCAGCAACUGCUACAACCACGGCCACAGCCACCACUACUUCAGGCACCACAUCCACUACUACUUCGUCUAACAUGACCACGGGAAUUGGUGGAGAUCUUACGACCAACAUGCUUGGUUCCCCUGGUAUACAAUCUUUGGUUCGUCAGAUGAUGGAAAAUCCCCAGCUCAUGAACUCUAUGCUCAAUGCUCCCUACACACAGUCCGUGUUCCAGAGUUUGGGUAAUAACCCUGAGCUGGCACGGCAAGUUAUUGGCAGCAACCCACUGUUUGCUAGCAACCCUGCACUGCAGGAGCAAAUGAUUGCAAUGCUGCCCAAUUUUAUGAACCAACUGCAGAACCCUGCCAUGCAAAGCGUCUUGACAAACCCCCAGGCCCUGCAGGCCAUUGCUCAGAUCCAGAGCGGCAUGGAGACUCUGCGUGGCCAAGCUCCGGAACUUUUUAACUCACUCGGCACGAUGCCCCCCGCAGCCGCUAGCGCCGCCCCCACGCCAGCCGCGGCCCCGGCCGGCCUCGGGGGCGGCCUCGUCCCCGGCACCGAUGCCUUCGCCAACCUCAUGAGCACCAUGUCAGCCGCCCUUGGCAGCGCGGCACCCGCGUCUGCAGGGAGCGGGGCGUCAUCCCCCGAGGCUCGCUACGCCCAGCAGCUCGAGCAGCUCGCCGCCAUGGGCUUCAUCAACAGGGAGGCUAACAUACAAGCCUUGACUGCCACGAUGGGUGACGUGAACGCUGCUGUUGAGCGGCUGCUGUCAAGACUUGAUCCUCAGAUUUAAGAAAUUCUUCUCCUGUUUAUUCUCAUCCCGUGUAAAGCAAAGACACUGGAAAAACUAAUAUAGACAUGCGCUGUUCUCUGCCCUGGUCCUGCAAAUCUAGCUACGUGUUUAAAACUUUGAAACAUUAUCAAGCGAAGCCAGCAUAACCUUUCAACCUACACUAUUUAUAAGUUUUAGGUACUCGUGUCUUGUUCUUCAUAUUUGUUUAUUUUUACCGUAUUAAUCUUGAAACGAAUUUCAUAAACGUGCCACGUUGGUCGCUGAGAAACAAAUCACUGACGUUGAUAAUGAAAAAAAAAGUUUUACAUGAACUCGCGAAACCAAAAUCGCAAAAUGGAAAAUCUUUUGAAGGGUUAGAUUUUCAAUCAUUUUGUCAAUAAAUGAUUUUCAAUCAUUUGUGCUGGCUUACCUAACGUCUAAAUAUAGCUUUCGUAUAAGCUAAUCGUUGGUCCUCAGCACCGUAAGUUUUUCUUGAAUUCUUGAAUGCUGGAAAAAAAAUUUUCAGCCCAACAGUAAAAAUUCACCCCGGGAUUCUAGCCUCUGUCGGCUGUGGAUUUGAUUUAUCACUUCUUGCUAGAAGGCGAAUUGUACUGUUCAAACCCACCCAAUACACGGGUGCAGGGACAUUAUACAUCCUGAUUAUUCUUGUUCAUUAGUUUGUUAGAGUAUUUAAACCUUGACUCGUGUUUUGGCGACUGUGUUUCAGUUUUGCUUUAAGAACAUAUUUACUGUCGCCUGCACAUGAUUAUCCUUUGUACACCAUCUGGCAUUGUUGACGCUGUAGCAUUCACUUUUCCUUUCUACAACAAGUUUUCUACUGCUUAAUUUGUACUGUUAUUUUUAUUAUAUUUUUGGUAAUGAGAGCCGCGCCUACGACUAGUUAGCUGCUCAAUUUCUUGUGUACAUAAUCCUCGGGUGCGGCCUCGGUAUUUCUAUUAACACGUCAUCAACUUCGCCUCCAACAAAAACUAAUAUAGAAAGAAUCUGCUUAUCGAAUAGCUUACAGCUUAUUCGUGGCUUUCGUGUCAAAAUCUUUAAUCCAGCGAGUUUUCUCGCCACAACAUUGAUUGGAACAACGGGAUUUACAGCCGACUGCAAAUACGGGUUAAUGCUGUUAAAGAACUAUCCCGACAAAAUGAUUUCUUUAUACUCUGUGUUUAAGUAUUGUCCGGUCAAGUUAGGAAACUUCCUUAUAUAUACACAACUGUAGUAAUUUAAGUUGGGUUCCAAUACGACAGACCGCCAUGCGUUGAUAACUCAACUAACGCCGAAGAAGUGAGAAAUUGUUUCACUUUCGAACUUUUAAUCCUAAAUUUUUUGAUACGAUGUCUUAUCACCAAUGCUGACCCCACCGGUUGUCCUGCAGGCAAUUGGUGUGACCAAGCGAUGAGCAGCAUAAGACUGAAGGGCUCAACGAACUUGUAAAGGCCUCCACUUAAUUAUGAUUGUGCUUGUAUGAGUUGUCUAUUUUUACUAUUGCAAGUGUAUUGUACUAUUGCAAGAUCCUCAACACUAUUAGUGUCACUACUCAAACUUCACACUAUUAUCUGUAUUAAUUUUUGCAUGCCAUGGUAUUAUGGGUGUUUGCGUUCAGUUGGUUAUACAGUGAUUACUACGACGUAUUUAAUUCUUAAAGGGCUCAAGGACAGUGAAACUUUGCGUCGUUAUAUUAUCAUGAACAAAAUCAUUUAUUGUUCUUAGCUACAUUAAACUUGUUGUCAAUCUAUGCGAGGAAUAUUUGAAGAAUUGUUCUUGAUGGAACGAAACUUAUUAAUGGUCAACCUGUUGAGAAGAAUUCAAUCGUUUGCUAAUAGUGAUUAUAAAUUGAUCGCUUUACAAUACUGUCAAAUUCUUCGAAAGAAAGCUAAACAUAUAUAUUUGAUGGUACACAUGCGUGUUUUGACCGUAUAACUGCAUUCUCCGUGUUAUCGUGAUGUUCUUCUGUGUACCAAACAUGUGGCGCGGGAUGUCUUCAGAAUCCAGUCCGGGACCUCCAUGGUAAAGCGAUGCUACUGCGUCUUUCAUUCCGCCGAAAGUGACUCGGAUACAUCAGCUAACUGCUGUCCUAUGUUCUUGUUUAUGCUCUUAUGUUCGGUUUUGGUGUCGGGUGUGAGUGAACCUCUUGUUUAAUUUUCUCCAUUUUUCUUUAGGGCAAUAAUAGCGCCAACUUUCCUUGUGAGAUGAAACUCCUGCGAAACGAGGAUUCUUUGCUCUUGAGCCAUUGACCCUCAAAGACUCGUGGACUUUGUUUAUUUCAUUGUUUGCUCCUUAAGUGUGUGGCUUUGAAUUCGAGUCCGGCGCCAAUUUCCUUUGUUUUGAUUUGCUGUAACUAUGUCUUCAGAAACUGCAAUAAUAUAAUGUGCGGCUUGAGUCAAAAGUCAUCUGAUUUCAACAUACGAAUGAUUUGAACGACGUAUUCCCUUUCAAUAUAUUCUUGAUUAGAAGUAAGAUUUUUACAUUUUAUUUCCAAUUUUGACACUGAAAUUGGGACAUUACUGUGUAUACUUCUGUGUCUAACUUCUAACGUUUUACUUUUUUUGUCUUAAUGAGAUAUGCGAUCCAUUUGAGCUUUCCACAUUGAAUGCAUCGGUGCAAAGAUAGUAAUCUUCUCACUAAGCUGAAAGUGGCUCCAUUAUUAUAGUAUCUCUAAACUAUUCGUUUUCUGAAUUACUUCGUUCAGAGAAUAAAUCUCUAGAAAUCUUUUUCACACGAAUUUGUAUUUGAUGUUUGCUUCAUUCGACGCCACAGGUGUUCCCUUGGACUGUUCCACUGUUGCGUCGAGAGUUCCUGAUCACUGAUGUAAGCGCUGUAUUUGUAACAUAAUAAUCUCAUACCAACCCGUUAUUUGUUUUGCCUCAUCUUACCUAAUCGCUAUGAAGAUUAUCAUGCCAACUCAGUAUAUUUGAAAUUAA